UCUUAGGACCCAUGCAUCAUUUAAAUAGCAUACUUCCAAAGAGACCUGAAGCAGCUUCUGAAGCCACAUCUUAACAUGGUGGUUUGGUUUGGUUUGGUUUCCAACUGGGAAGAUCAAUGUAAUUAGCACAAGACAUGUAAUGCACCAGGAAAAAAUGUCCAAACCAUUUGUAGGUAUCUCCCAACUUUUUCAUACAUUCUUCCUCCCCACUUGCCUGUUUAGAUAGUCGGUGUAGGUCCUUGAAGACAAUGGACGUAAUGCACAGUUCUGAGCCAACCUGUUUCUGCUACAUCCCAAAUGGAGCAAUCCACUUGAGAAAUGUCUGGUCAACUAUUCAGGUGAAAAUAAAUAGCACUGAAAUGUUUGAAGUGGUGUCUGUUCCAGAGGAACAUAACUGUCAACGGUCAGAAAAUCUGUUUUCCUUUUUAAAGUGCUUGAUUAACAAUAUUUGGCAGCCAGGUGUUUCUAAUAAAGUCAUCAUGUCACUGGACCAGUAUGGAGACAAAACGUGUUUCAGGAUCCAUCCCCUGAAUAAAGCAUCCUACACUGUGAGUGCCCGACAAAACAUGCUGGAUCGCAGACUCCUUAUAUUAUUUGUUGCUGGUGGCCUUCUUUUUCACUUUGCAUACAACCUGAGUAGAAGUGUUGUAUUCUAUUAUUCCGCAGGAGUAGCGUUUGGUGUUUUCGCCACUCCGGUCUUUCUCCUUUUGAUGCUUAAAAGAUUUAUUCCCAAGUUAAGUACCUUCUGGAUUUUAAUGAGUGGAUGCUGGUUUUCUUCUCUCUAUUGUUUUUACACUUGGAAAGAGGAUUUGAAAUGGCUGUGGCACAAUUCUUCACAUUACAUACUAGGGUAUAUCUUGAUAGUCGGAUUGGUCAGUUUUGCUAUUUGUUACAAGCAUGGACCACUCAGCACUGAGCAAAGUAGGAAUCUCUUGAUGUGGACACUGCAGCUUCUAGGCUUGAUCUUAGUCUAUUUUGGCAUUGCCAUUCCUCACAUGGCAUACGUGGUAAUGGCUGUCAUGCUCUGUUCAAAAAUCCUGCGUUAUCCUUUGAGAGUAUUCUACCACAUUGGCAGAAAAGCAACUCAGUUUUUUCAAACAGAAAAGUUAGAGGUCCGCUAUCUGACUGAAGAAGAGUAUCAAGAGCAAGGGGAGACGGAGACCAUCAAAGCCUUAGAAGAACUGCGUCGGUUCUGCAGGAGUCCUGAUUUCCCCUCCUGGGUUGCAGUGGUCAAGCUAAAUCACCCACAAAAAUUUGCAAACUUUGUUCUUGGAUUUCCUCAUGUGUCGCAUGAAGAAAUGACAGCACACGAGGAACACUAUGGCAUUGGAGGAGCUCUCUUUGAACAGCAGCUUUUUAAUGCAGGGACUGAGGCAGAACCAGACCCACAAACUGGUCCCAUUAUCAGGGAAGAGAACCACCAAGAAGAUGAAGAAAGACAUCAACAGACAAACAGCCUGCGCUUUGGCAGCAGAGACUUUCUUUGAGUAACCAUCCGAAGAUGAGAUGGGACAGAUAUGCAGCAGGUACAGGUGAACGUGAGGUUAGCUGGAACGGCUGGUUAAAAUUGUUAAAGAUGCAGAGCUUGAGAGUUAAAAGGAGAGCCAGGACCAGUGAAGAGGAAGAGUAGAUAGAAACUGGAACAAACAAAGAAGAUGGAGAAGUAAGGGGGUCAUAGGAAGGGAAAGACUGGAUCCUCCACAGUCCCUGGAUAGGAACUGGUUGUCAAUUAUUUUAAAUGACACCACUGGCUGGGACAAUCUGCACUCUCAACUGUAGGGGGCAGCCAAGACUUCUUGAAGGAAUUUAACUGCUGUUUCAUUGGUUUUUGAUUCACUCAAAGGUACAAGAGCACCUGCACUGCUGAAAUGAACUGAGUAUCGCUAGUUGUUCUACAAAGUAAAACUUUUUGUUUUUACUCAGAAUAGGAGGCCUGUGGGAAAGAUUCGCCUUAGAGCAGUGAGUUCACUUUUGGAUAUCAGGGCUCACCCAAGAGAUUUUGGUAUGUGUGGUAGAGCAACAAACAGCCCCCCUUCCUUCUGAAGUUAUGGUAUUUAUUGCCCAAGGCUGAUCAUCAGAUUAAGUAUUUACUUGCUGAGUUAAGAGACGCACUGGUUAAAUCCACAUGCCGUUAACUAUGUUAAUGUUAUUCUUCCAAAUCUAAGAUGAGGGUUGAACACAGUUUAUAUAGAUUUGAAAGUUCAAGGAGUAGUUAUAGUCCUAUAGGAUAUUGGGGUUCCCAUGUUCCCUAUGCUUUCAGAUUAGGCAGGCAUUGUUUGAUUUCUGUGGCAAUGCAGAAUUUGGUACUGGGACACAAAAUUUAUUCUUUGAUCCUGAAGAACGAAAGCUUGCCAGGCCAUCAGUGUGUUAUAUAGAUUCUUUUUCCUAUGCUGGCAGUAGCAGAAUUACUUAUGUAAACACGGAUAAAUUCAUAUGCAUUUUACAAGUAGCAAAGAUUGGCACAGGGAAAGAAGUUGUUCAGUCACAAAGUAAACACAGCCCUGCCUUGGGUGGAAACUGUGUAUACAUUCUGAAAGCAGCCCUGCAGGCUACCUGGUCUCUCCUUAAAUGUGAUCAAAAUCAGGAAGAUUUCUCAAUUCACUGUUUGUAAUGAGAUCCAAAAGAAAACUGUAAAGUGGGGUACAAACAGCACCUAAAAGCAUUUGGUAUGUCCAGAGCCAAACUCACUUUUGGUAUUUACUGUUCUUAGAAUUAACACUAUGGCUUUCUUGAUAGAAAGGAGGUUCAGGGCCCUCAAACUGGAAGUUUUUGAAAAUGUCUCCAUUCCCCUCCUCACUCUUUUGUAGCUGCUGUUUAGGAUAUGAGUGUUGCCUGUUCAUGAAGACAGUACCAAUCCUUUUGCAGAAUAACUUGGGGCAAUGUCCCUCAGAUGGCAAAUUUUAGAAGUACUAUUAAAAGGUAGCACAUCACCAACUGCUACACGCCAGGGCCUGUAGCAGCCAUGUUGGAGUAAUUUUUUAAAACCUUUAUCUGCAGUCUAUAGAUUUUGCUGGCUGUCAUAACCACAGCCACUCACUCACCCAAGUGUACACAUGUUAUGGGGUGGAAAAUGCAGCACUCAAAACAAUAUGUGCUACAUGUCCCUGAAAAGGAGAAUCUUUAAAUGCUCCUUGCCUGCUUUUCACUUGCCUAGAAUGCUCUUGUCUUGAGGAAAAUUAAACUAUCACCCAUAUUCUGCAUUGGCUAUUUAGUUACAUCGGCAUUACUAAGUAAUGUCUCCUGCUCCCACCCCCAAGAAUACUUUAACAUCAGCCACAUCGGACCAAGGAGGUCAGUUCAGCUCCUGAUCUGGACACAAGGAAAAUGAUACUUCCAGCCCUUUCCCACCAGUGAGCAAGGCUGUGAUACUGCAACAGGUGUCCUGCUUCAGACUGUCACAGCCACACCGGAAGGGGGCUGGAAAAGUCAUCCUACAUGCGCCCUGAAUGGAAGAUAAGCAAACUUUGUCUUAUAGUAAGACUACCUAGUCUUACUGAAUGUGGAGCAGUUAUGGAUCCUUAACCCUAGGUUAUGAAUCUGUAACUUCAAUAAAGAAAGCCAGCCCAUGCAGUUCUACUAGUUUGGAUAAGAGCCAGUGUGGUAUAAUCAUUGGACUAGGACUCUGGAGAACAUGGUUUGAAUCCCUGCUCCAUCAUGCAAACUCAUUAAACGACCUUGGGCAAGUCACACUCUUUCAGUCUCAGAGGAACACAAUGGCAAACCCUCUCUGAACAAAUUUCCCAAGAAAAUCCCAUGAUAGCUUUGCCUUAGGGUUGCCCUAAGUCAGAAAAGACUUGAAGGCACACAAUGACAUUGGUUUGGAUAAAACUAAUAGUUCAGUGGGACUUAUUCUCAGGUAAAUGAAGGUACAGUUAUAAUCUGAGCGGUUUAUGGCUGGAAGCCAUAUGUGACAUAAGAAGGUUUAUGUGUCAGUGAAGGAAAGGAAACUUGAUACCAUUCCCAAUACCUUUACAGCUGGAACUGAGAUGGGCAGAUGGUGUACUAGGGGUUGAAAAACAGAGCAGGGUGAAUAUUGCCCUAUUAAAUAUGAAGGAUUGCAAAGCUGGUCUGAGAAUUGUGCUCAGGAAAUCAAAAAUAUGUUACAGAAAAAUCUCUUAAGACAUUUUUAGGGAUACAUUUUACUAGUUAAUGCUCUUAACAUGCAACAAUGCAACUAAACCACAAGCUACAUGCACUCCCAUUUAUUAUACAGCACAUGUGCUGAGGGCAGCUGCUAGCCCCACCCCAAUGUGCAUACAUGGCCAUCUGGCCUCAGCCCUAUUAACGUCUUUGCAUUCAAUCCGUUGACUUGAACAAAAGGCUAUGCACAAACCAUCACUACCUGAGUGGAAAGUACAAGGUGCCUAAUCAGUUGGAGAGCUAAUGGGAUAAACCCAGAUAGGUUUAUGGGACUUACAUUAGUUGUAAAUCAGCAAGUCCCUUGAACUUUAGUGAGUCUAAUCUUGGAUGCAAACUAUGUCUGUAGUGUUAUAUGUCUGUAUGUUCUCCUUCCUAGUGGUCUGUUGAAAGUUUUGUUGUCUACAGAUGGCUCAGGGAUGGGGAGGGGGCAUUUGUUUGGGGCAUACUUGCCCCUUCUCCUUGGGUAACAUAUGAACAGCUCUACUUUAUCCAAGGUUUCAAUGUUUUAUACAAGCUAAAGUGAGCCAAUGUAUAUAGCAUUAAAUUCUUUUAAAAUAAUA